GUGCGGGGACCUCCUCCCCGAGGACCCUCCGCCGCCACCUGCCCCGGGCCCCCCGCAGCCCCGCCCCGGUCCCACCGGAGGCGGCGAGGGUGUCGCUGCCGGGGACGCGCGGGUGGAGGAGGAGGAGGAGGCGGGAGGAGGAAGGCGGCAGCAGCAGCUCUCGGGAGGAGCCUGUCCAGCGUGAGACAGCACAUUCAGCCGGCGGCGGCGGUCCUGCCGCAGCGGCGGGCGGCACGGCACGGCACGGCUCGGCUCAGCACGGCUCGGCUCAGCACGGCUCGGCUCAGCACGGCUCGGCUCAGCACGGCGCAGCUGCCGGUCUCGGCCAUUCAGUCAGCGAGACAUCCCUCCUCUCCCCCGGCGGCGAGGAGUCAGUGAGGGCUGCGCGGCACCGGGAGCCCCUCCGCAUCUCCCGGGCGCCGGCGGAGAGUCAAAAUGUCAGACAAAAGUGAUUUAAAAGCAGAACUUGAGCGCAAAAAGCAACGUUUGGCUCAGAUAAGAGAAGAAAAGAAACGGAAGGAGGAAGAACGAAAGAAGAAAGAGGCUGAUCUGCAGCAAAAGAAGGAGCCAGCUCAGGAAGAUUCUGACCUAGACCGUAAAAGAAGAGAGACAGAAGCUUUGUUACAGAGCAUUGGUAUAUCUCCAGAACCACCUCUAGUCCCAACCCCUAUGUCUCCCUCUUCGAAAUCAGUGAGCACACCCAGUGACGCAGGCAGCCAGGACUCAGGGGAUCUGGGACCCAUAGGAAGGACCUUGCAAUGGGACACAGACCCCUCAGUGCUGCAACUCCAGUCUGACUCUGAACUUGGACGCAGACUGCACAAACUAGGGGUGUCAAAGAUUACCCAGGUUGAUUUCUUACCUCGGGAGGUGGUAUCAUACUCCAAGGAGACACAGACACCUCUUGCCACACAUCAAUCUGAAGAGGAUGAAGAUGAUGAAGAGAUGGUGGAGCCAAAAGCACAGGAUGACUUGGAGAUGGAAAGUCAGGACCAGAAGCAAGAAGUGAAAGAAGCUCCUCCUAGAGAACUGACAGAAGAAGAGAAACAACAAGUUCUCCAUUCAGAAGAAUUCCUGAUAUUUUUUGAUCGGACAAUACGUGUAAUUGAGCGAGCUUUGGCUGAAGAUUCAGACAUUUUCUUUGACUAUAGCGGCAGAGAUGUAGAAGAAAAAGAUGGAGAUGUUCAAGCAGGAGCCAAUCUUUCCUUCAACCGACAAUUUUAUGAUGAGCACUGGUCAAAGCAUCGUGUUGUCACCUGUAUGGAUUGGUCUCUUCAGUACCCUGAGUUGAUGGUUGCAUCUUAUAACAAUAAUGAAGAUGCUCCACAUGAGCCUGAUGGAGUAGCCUUAGUAUGGAACAUGAAGUUCAAGAAAACCACACCAGAAUAUGUGUUCCAUUGUCAGUCCUCUGUGAUGUCAGUCUGUUUUGCCCGCUUUCACCCAAACCUUGUCGUCGGUGGAACAUAUUCUGGCCAAAUUGUCCUGUGGGAUAAUCGCAGUCACAGGCGCACUCCAGUUCAGAGAACUCCCCUAUCUGCUGCUGCUCACACGCAUCCUGUGUAUUGCGUGAAUGUAGUUGGGACACAGAAUGCGCACAAUCUCAUUACUGUCUCUACGGAUGGCAAAAUGUGCUCCUGGAGCCUGGACAUGCUCUCAACUCCACAGGAGAGCAUGGAGCUUGUGUACAAUAAGUCCAAACCAGUGGCGGUUACAGGAAUGGCUUUUCCAACCGGAGACGUCAAUAACUUUGUUGUUGGCAGCGAAGAGGGAACAGUCUACACAGCUUGUCGUCAUGGAAGUAAAGCUGGCAUUGGUGAAAUUUUUGAAGGCCACCAAGGACCUGUCACAGGAAUCAAUUGUCACAUGGCAGUGGGUCCAAUUGACUUUUCUCAUCUCUUCGUCACAUCAUCAUUUGACUGGACAGUCAAAUUGUGGACCACAAAGCACAACAAGCCGCUCUACUCCUUUGAAGACAAUGCCGACUAUGUCUACGAUGUCAUGUGGUCGCCAGUGCAUCCCGCGCUCUUCGCCUGCGUGGACGGGAUGGGGCGCCUGGAUCUGUGGAACCUGAAUAACGACACCGAGGUUCCCACAGCCAGCGUCACCAUAGAAGGAGCCUCUGCCCUCAACCGUGUCCGCUGGGCCCAGGCUGGGAAGGAGGUAGCAGUUGGUGAUUCAGAAGGCCGCAUAUGGAUCUAUGAUGUUGGAGAGCUGGCUGUUCCACACAACGACGAGUGGACCCGCUUUGCUCGGACCUUGGUGGAAAUCCGUGCCAACCGAGCAGACAGCGAAGAGGAAGGGGCAGUGGAGCUGUCAGCCUAGAGGAAGAGGAGCCAGCGCCUGCCACCGCCAGAACAGCAGCUUUCACCCGCUGAGUACACCGGUGUUCAGUGUCAGAGUCUGUCUUGCUGUGGCUUUUGAUGCCAGUGUACAUGCCAGUAUUGCUCAAAGCAUUCUAUAUUAAUCACACUGCUUUACACAAGGCUGAAAAUAUCCAGAGCAUUUUCAUACUUUAUAUUUCUGUCUGAAAAGUAAGAAAGAAAAGACAAAUCAACCCUUUAUGGGUUUAGUUGUUGCCUUUUAACUACUUAGUAGCUGUAUUUAAUAGCUAGGAACCCCUGGUUAAACUUGUGCUCACAUUGCCCUUCUGGCAUAGUCCUAUUAAAUCCAUAUGAAGCCAGAUAUGAUUAUGUGCAGAUGUGGUGUGCUUCACUGUAUGGGACUGGGCCAAAGACUUUAGAUGUGGUGUUUCACAUGGUGACUUACAUUAUGAAUGGAUGUACUAUACGAAAGUUGCUGCUCCUUAUUUAUUGCGGUGUGCUGCAUGGAACAUAUUUAUUUGAAAGCAUUAAAAUAAACGAUCCUAAAGCAUGUGCAUAAUGAGAGAACUGCAUUGUCUGUGUGCUGCUGUAGAGGUUACAUUAAAGUCCACGUAACAAUUACAGUACAUCAGUUGUGCUUAAGAUAUAAGAUCUAUAAAGGUUGGCUUGAGUGGAUGGAAUGAGUUUCCUUUCCUUUUUUUUUUUUAAGAUGCCUAUUAUUUCUAGGCACUUUAACUAUAUUUCAAAUACAGUUGGUCACUGAUACUUGUCAUGCAAGUUAACACUAACAGUCUGACUAAGGGUUGUGGUUCCUGAGUAUGACACUAGUAUUUGCCAAUAAAAUGUAUCAGGCCUGUUC